CCCUUUGCUUUCCUUUCAACCCACCAAUCAGAGCUUCUUUUCCUUUCUAGAGAUACAAAUAAUUGGCCAUUUGAUUCCAAUAUUUUAUUCAAGCAUUCAGACUUAGUUUAUGUUAUAGACCAUCUUUGUAUUUAUACUCAGUAAACACCAACUCUCUUCUCCCAUCAACUCUUUUCCACCCAUUUUGAGAUUGUUGGUUAAAAUAUGGCGUCGAUGUUGAGCUCACAAGGAAUGGUAUUAGCAACAGCUAUGGCAGUCUCCGGCACUGUAAUUCUCCUUGCUUUUCGCCUACAGAAAUCUUUAGAUCAAAUCUCACACCCUUCUCAACAAGUCCUCCGUUCCUGCAUAUCUUCUGAAGGGAAGAAGAAGAAUAAGAAGAAAGUGCGGUUUGCAGAGGAUGUGAUGGAUCCAAGGAGUGAUGGAGCGGAGUUCAGGAAGCAGCUGAAGAAUCGUGUCGGGACCAACAAUUCAGCAACGACGGCUUUGAAUUCAACGCCAAAGCUCAAGAAAUUUGGUGGAGGUAGAGAUUUAGGAAUCCCUGCUAACAGACUUGCUCUGUACAAUGGAAUUCUCAGGGAUCGUGUUGUUCAACGAUUAGCUUACUCCUACUGAAAAAUAUUAGGGCAGGAGAACAAGGAAAAGUAAAA